AUGCGUUACAGACUCAUCAACCGCAUUGGGGAAGGCACAUUCUCCACCGUCUACAAGGCCCAAGACAUCCUUCAUGAUCACUACAUCAACGACUGGGAUAUGGAUGCCGAUAAGGAGAACCAUGAGAACGAUGCCGCCACGAAACAGACCAAAAGGCCCAAAUAUGUGGCGAUCAAGAAGAUCUAUGUCACCUCCUCUCCCAACCGUAUAUUCAAUGAGCUGGAAUUGCUCAAAGACCUGAGGGACUCGCCGAACGUCUGCCCUCUCAUCACGGCCUUUCGCCAUCAGGACCAAGUCAUAGCCGUCCUGCCUUUCUUCCAACACAAAGACUUCCGAGACUACUAUCGCGAUUUCACCACAAACGACAUGCGUGUCUACUUCCACAGUCUCUUCACUGCCUUGAAAGCAGUACAUGAAGCCGAGAUUAUCCACAGGGAUAUCAAGCCAACCAACUUCCUAUACUCCCCAGCACACAAACGAGGUGUGCUGGUCGACUUCGGGUUGGCGGAGAGAGAAGGCACCGACUAUCAGCAAUGCUUCUGUGGCCUCCCCGAGCGUGAGCAGCAUAAGAGGGAAGAGAACUCCAUAUAUGCUGCGAGCUGUAUAGCUGCUGCCAAAGCCGGUCAGCCUCUGCCACGACCAUCAUACCCAAAGGAGGACCAGCGCUCGUCACGGCGCGCCAACCGUGCAGGAACUCGAGGCUUUCGUGCGCCUGAGGUGCUGCUCAAGUGCACAGCACAAACAUGCCGGAUCGAUGUGUGGAGUUGCGGCAUCAUGCUGUUGACCUUCCUCUCCAAGCGCUUCCCCUUCUUCCACUCGGCUGACGACAUAGACGCCUUCAUCGAGUUGUGCACAAUCUUUGGCAAGAAAAAGAUGAAAGACACUGCGUUGUUGCAUGGACAAGUCCUACAGACCAACAUCCCAACCAUCCCCGAGAACGGGCACAGCUGGGAGAAGAUCUUGCUGUGGUGCACAUCACGCAACAAGAGGGAUGACGGCGGCUUGACACCCGAAGAGCACGACGCCGUAUCAUUCAUGCAGUGCUGCUUGCAGCUGGACCCUAGAAGAAGAAUCACCGCUGCGCAGGCAUUGCAGCAUCCGUGGCUGACAGCAGACGCGGAAUCAGCGCCACCGAGUAGCCAGGAGAGCGAAAUGGUGGAUUGA